CAGGGCGUUGAUAGUAGUCAACCUCCUUUCGUGUCGUGUUUGCACAGGCCACGGUUCUGAAUGCAAAGGUCAGCCGCGGGUCCUGGCGACCGUGCGCAGGGCAGUGCGCAGGAGUGUGGGCCGCCAUGUUUGCUUAGGUAGUCAGUUGCCAUUGUAGUUAAGCGUGUAUAUUGAAUCACGACACAUCGCGUUCAUUCCUAAGGACAAUAGCCUAUAAAAAGGAAAAGGCGUGGACGCGAAACUCAUACAGGAGAAAGACCUGUAUAUUUUUCUUUCCUCGAAGGCGAAGUCAGCCCGCGCGCGGUCUUCUUAAGAAAGUUUUCAAUCUUGACCUGACCUUUGAAAUAUCUUACAUAAGAACGGCAAAAAGGACCACCAUGGCGAGGGUUACGUUUCUCAUUUGGUGUCUUUUUGCGGUUUUUCAAGCCGGUAGCAGUGCUGAUUCGGGUUGCGGUGGCCCCCGUGAGCUCACCGCGGGAAGCGGGACGUUUUCCUCGGCCAACUACCCUUCCCCCUACCCGGUCAACCUGACCUGCGAGUGGCUCAUCUCAGCCGGGCCGGGCAAGGUCACCAUGCUGCAGUUCACCACCAUGGACGUAGAGGGCGGUUUUCGUCCAAACGAAUGUCCCUACGACUCCGUGAAGGUGUACGAUGGCGGGGAUGCCAGCGGCCCGCCCCGGGGGCAGUACUGCGCGACCAACAUACCGCCGCCGGAUCUGGUGUUCUUCGGCGACGCUUUUGUCGUGUUUACGUCGGAUGAAAGGAACACCAGGCCUGGGUUCUCGGCCUGUUAUUCUACUUCAACACCGCCAGCACUGCCGACACCAUGUGGCAAUGUUGGAACACAGGCACCAACACCCCCGCCUCUCAGACCUGUCACCGCCUGGGUGGAGUCAGGCUGCGGCGGCCCACGCGACCUCAGCGGCCCUAGCGGUUCCUUCUCAUCACUGCAGCACCCUGCCAACUACCCCCACUCCCACCACUGCGAGUGGCUCAUCACCGUGGACCCCGGCAUGGUCGUCACGCUGACGUUUGACGUGUUUGACGUCGAGCAUCACGACACGUGCUCGCGUGACAGCGUCCUGGUGUACGACGGCCCGAGCACCUCGGCGGGGCUGAUCGGGGAGUACUGCGGGAACGUCCCGCCCAGGAGGAUCGUGUCGUCCGGGGAGCAGCUCUACGUCAUCUUCAACACAGACGACGAGAACGCCUCGACCGGAUUCUCAGCCAGUUUCCUAGCAGCGGAUCCAAGUCAAGUGACGGAUCUGCCAACAACCACAAGCAAAAUUCACGUGACAACGACAGGUGGCAGUCACGUGACUAAGACUACAUCUCAGCGGCCAAUAGCAGAUCCCACAACUGAAGGAAAUAAUCCAGCUGGGGGAGCGAGUAGCAGUUUCCAGGCUACCCACAUCGCCUGGAUGGUCGUGAUGCGGGUCGUGUUGAUGUUCUUACAAAGUAUCUAAAGUAGACUAGCUUUAAUAAGGUGUUUGCACUCACGUGACUAUGACGUAAGAAUUGUCCGCCAUAUUGGAUGGUUGAAAUCUUGUCAGGUUAAUCUAAAUUUGUAGUAUUUUGUAGUAUGAUUUAAAGUAAUUACAGUCAGGUAGUUUCAUGCACAUUAAACACACCAUUCAAGGUAGUUACAUAUUAUAAACAUUAUUCAACUUAUACUGGUCUAAUUUCUACGGUUCACCUACAAAUAUGGCGACUGUGACGUCACGUUCAAACGCCCUAGCGGGGUUGUACGAAUAACAUCGAUUCUAUUUUAACACACUAUUCUUGAAUGACCAUUGACUGCACUACAGCCCUCAUUUUUGAGACGUGAGCACUUUAGGGGGGCUUCUGUAGUGUCAAGAGGUUUUUAUGGUUUGUCUUUAUGUAUGUAUCAUUUUCAUAUUUGUGUUGUUUAGCUCUUAAUUCUCAGUUCAAGUUCCUAUUUUCUAUAUAAUUAUGUUGUUACUUUUUAUCUAGAUGCUGUACAUAUUAGAGUUUUUCCAACACUUCCAUAGAUCU